AUGUUAUCCAAGACCAUCACUGCUGCAUUGAGGGGCAAUACAACUCGUACUGCAUUCAGAAUCAAUGCCAUUAGAAGUUUAGCGAUCCCAGCUAUUCCAGAGACACAAAAGGGUGUUAUCUUUUAUGAGAACGGAGGUGAACUAUUUUACAAGGACAUUCCAGUUCCAAAGCCAAAGCCAAAUGAGAUUUUGGUGAAUGUCAAGUAUUCUGGUGUUUGUCAUACCGAUUUACACGCAUGGAAAGGUGACUGGCCUUUGGCGACCAAGUUGCCAUUGGUUGGUGGACAUGAAGGUGCCGGAGUUGUUGUUGCUAAGGGGGACAAUGUCACCAACUUUGAAAUUGGCGAUUAUGCCGGUAUCAAGUGGUUGAAUGGUUCAUGUAUGGGGUGUGAAUUUUGCCAACAAGGUGCAGAGCCAAACUGUCCACAGGCCGACUUGAGUGGUUACACCCAUGACGGGUCCUUUCAACAAUAUGCCACUGCCGAUGCUGUUCAGGCAGCCAAGAUUCCUCAGGGCACUGAUUUGGCUCAAGUUGCGCCAAUUUUAUGUGCAGGUAUUACUGUCUAUAAGGCUUUAAAGACUGCAGAAUUAAGACCAGGUCAAUGGGUUGCCAUUUCUGGUGCUGCUGGAGGUUUAGGUUCUCUUGCUGUUCAAUAUGCCAAGGCCAUGGGUUUGAGAGUUUUGGGUAUUGAUGGUGGUGAGGAGAAGGGCAAGUUUGCAAAGUCUCUUGGAGCUGAAGUUUUCAUUGAUUUCACCAAAUCCAAGGACAUUGUCAAGGAUAUCCAAGAGGCCACCAAUGGUGGUCCACAUGGUGUCAUUAAUGUUUCUGUUUCUCCAGCUGCUAUUUCCCAAAGUACCCAGUAUGUCAGAACCUUGGGUAAGGUUGUCCUUGUUGGAUUACCAGCGCAUGCUGUAUGCGAGUCUUCGGUUUUCGACCAUGUUGUCAAGUCGAUUCAAAUUAGAGGCUCUUAUGUUGGUAACAGGGAAGAUACUAGUGAGGCUAUUGAUUUUUUCACCAGGGGUUUAGUGAAGUCACCAAUUAAGAUUGUUGGUUUGAGUGAGUUGCCAAAGAUCUAUGAAUUGAUGGAGCAAGGUAAGAUUUUAGGCAGAUAUGUUGUUGACACUUCGAAAUGA